AUGGCACUCGCACGCCUCCAAGCUAUCCUCGCAUGCAUGAACUGCGGCACCGCAGACCUUACUCCCACCUACACCUCCACCUCGGAAAAAGCAUCCCUCCUUCAGUCACCCACUGCUCGCCCAGAAACUGAAAUCGCAAAUAAUGUAGUCGCAGCCCUCAUCACUACCUCAAUCACCGGGCAAGCCCUACGUAUGCAGCUCGACUCGCUCGUCGGCGCCUACGGCUGGCGCCAGAACCUUGCCCAAUACAUCCUCGACAAUCUCGCGAAGGCCCUACAAGCCUCGCACGAGAAACUCGGUCCUACCAUCCACGAUGCGUACCUCCGUGCCUGGGAGGCUGCAAAGAGCGUCGAGGGAUUUGUUGUCGAGCACCCAGUCAUGUGUACGGUUAUUGCGUUAGGCGUGCUUGCUAUUGUUGCGCCGUGGAUUCUUGAAGCGCUAGGGUUUGCGGAGUUGGGUCCUGCGGAAGGGAGCUUUGCGGCAUGGUGGCAAGCCAGGUAUGCUGGGUAUGUGCCUAAGGGCUCGCUGUUCUCGUUUUUUCAGCGGCUGGGGAUGAAGUGGCAUUGGAAGCUGGUUGUGUGA